CAUGGCGGAGAAGGCUGGAAAGCCUCCACCGAUCGUCGGGUUGAAACCCGUCCCUAUGAAGCUGUUUGCUACUUGGGAAGUUGACAGGACACCACCGAAUUGUAUUCCAAGGUUGUGUUCUCUCACGCUGUCACGGCUCGUGGUCCUCAGGCCUCUCGGAUCUGAUCUCUCUUCCAUCAUCAUCGCCGUCAAAAUGCAGGGUUCCAAACGGACGCUUCGGUCAAAUGAAAUGUCUUUACCCCAAAAUGGACUGUUAGAUACGGAACUGGAACUCAACUUCGCCCUUCAGUAUCCGCACUUCCUGAAGCGGGACGGAAACAAGCUGCACGUAAUGCUGCAGAGGCGGAAGCGCUACAAGAACAGAACGAUUCUGGGCUUCAAAACGCUGGCCGGUGGGACCAUCAACAUGGCUCAGGUGCUCCAGAGGCAGAUGGACGUGGAGCUCGAUAUGUUUAGUGACGUAAAGGAGAAAGGGCUCACUCUGAUCAGCAACGUCGUGGCCAGGGUGACUGUACAGGCCCUCAACAGCCAGCCAGUGGACCACGAGGAUGCGGCUAAACACAUGGCAAUGGGCGAAACGGCAGAUCGUGUGGCCGACUACUCAGACGACGAGGAGGAGUUCAGUAGUAACGACGAAGGUGAGGCGGAGGGUUCCGAUUCCGAGCCAAUGCCAGAGGACGCGAUGGGCAGACGAGCGCGCAAGACGUCGAGGGCGAAGAUACCCGCAAAUGCCAGACAACGUAAUUUGAAACAGAAGUUCAUUGCAUUGUUGAAGAGGUUCCGUGUCAGCGAAGAUCUGCAGGGACUCGACAAUGAUCAGGAAGCUAUUGGGCAGCAGCUAUCAGGUGGUGAUGUAGACCCUACAGAAAUUGAAGAUCUGUUUGAAGAGCUUGAAGAUCUGAGUGAUUCUGGCCCCGAGAUCGACACAAUGAGCAUCUCAUCAACACCUAAACCCUCACUCAGGCCAUUCUUUUCCAGUAGUCGUUCACUGCUACAGGAAACACUCAGCGUGCCAGGCGGCCCGCAAGGCUACGCACGUGUCUGCCUGCCCCAAGAUAGCCCGCACGCACAGCAACCUUACUGCACAGAGAAAGGUGCAGAUCGGCUCAGCGAUGAGAGUUCCAAGAAAGCUGACUCAGAUUCACAUCCUGAAAACUGGACGGAUCAUGAAUACAGCGACCCACAGCAGCCUGCUGCGUCCUCUCCUCCUAAGAGUUCGGAAGAUAAGAACAGGGAUGGUGCAGAACGAGAACGCAAAAGUCGGCUGUUUGCCAGGGAUCGGAAUCCCUCAGCAGGCAAGACCAAGAAGCAAGCUGAAAAGACCUUGAGUGCUGAGCAGAAGCCUCCCACAGUGAAUCCAAACCCAGCAGGAGGGGGAGACACUUGUUUCAAUGAGAUGCCUCGGAAGCAACUCACAGAGCAGCUGUCGAGAGUGCUGCCUACUGACGAUGCUUCAAUCCCAGAUCACAUCACACUGGUAAAUGUGGGUGACCCGCAGGGCUCAUUAUUGGCAACAAGGUUGCAGGAGCGACAACAGAAGGUCAUCAGUACUCUUGGUCCAGCAGACAUUAGAGCAGCUGUCACUUGUCUAGUCAGCAAGAUCCAAAAAUUCUGCAACAGCAAUGCGAAGCCACCGCCCCCUAUCAAGGUGCUGUUGGCAGGGUCGGACAGCUUCAUCAACUCGGUGCUCCGGAGCUAUGUGGAUCAGCUGUCGUUCAAGCCUCCCGACUGGCAGAAUUACAUAAAGUUCCUCAUUGUUCCACUGGGAAACAACUCUCUGGCUCGCUACCUCAGCAGCCUGGAUGGCGUGUACGCAUCGGCCUUCUCCGCCGAGACAUGGAAGGAACUGCUCGAACGGGCAGAACUGCAGAAAACAGACUGUCAGGAGAUGUUAAACCGAGUCCAUCGGUACCUGCACAGUGCCAGUGCCACAAUCCAACUUCCUGUAGCUGAAGCCAUGAUAACAUACAAGGAGAAGAGUUCUGAUGAGGAGUCUUCUCAGAUUUUUAUUCCCUUUGUUAAUGAUGUUCGCCUUGGAUCACCUGAGACUUCAGCUUCGGCGUCAGUGGAUUUGGAUGAGACCCAGCUGAGUGUCCCCCAGCUAUCUGGUUCACCUCCUUCCCUCGCAUCUCUUCCAGACAAGAAAGAUCGCAUAACCCCCCCUAGUUCACCUAACAUCAACAGCUUGUACAUGGGACAGAACAGGGACCAGUCUCUCUCAGAGCCCAUGGAGUUGCAGUUGGACUACUGGUUGAUUCCUGGCAAGGCAAGCGAGACACCUGCAGUUGGGAAAAGUAGCAAGGGUGACACCACCAAGUCAACCUUGAAGACAACAUUCCGUUCCCUGCAGAUUCAACGACUUCCCCUGGCUGGGGAGCAACCAACACAACACUUCCUCAUGAGCUACUCCACAAAGGAGAAGAAGCAGAAAAUCAUGCGCCUGGGUAAGAAGAAGGAGAAAGAGAAGGAAACCGAGCCCAAGAGUCAGGUUGUUGAAGGAGUCUCAAGGCUCAUCUGUUCUGCUAAGACUCACAGCGUUCCUCUCAAAGUGAGCAUAGAUGGAACAGAGUGGUCUGGGGUCAAGUUCUUCCAAUUGUCAGCACAGUGGCAGACACACAUAAAACACUUCCCUGUAACACUCUUCAGCUUCCCUGAGGCAAGUCUGUAGCUGAAGUGCGACCCACGGCAGCUGUCAGUAAGAGCAAACAGGACCAGCAGGAUGCGUGCGUGGGUCACACUCUUCGUUUUCCCUGGAUCAGGCUCACAGAUGUGAAUUGUACUGACGUCAGUGCUGUGAAGGCGUGACUUGAAUUGUCAAGUCAUGUUGAAACUUUAUUGGUGCAAGAUUUGAAGUGUAUAUGAAUGUGUAUGUAUGUGUGUGUGUGUGUUUGUGUAUAUGAAUUCUAGAUAGUUCCUCAAUCGGGCUUGAAUUUUAUGGAAACAAAUUUUAGAAGGAAAGAAUUAAAUUUUAUAAUGUAAUAACCAAAGUGAGGGACCAGCCUACAGUCACCAAGCGAAGGUAAAAAUUGAACAUUUUCACUUUCAGAGUCUCUCAAAAAAUGGAAACUAGUGGUAAUUUUUUCUCUGUGCCAUGAAGCAUUCCCCAUGUACCAUGCACUGGUCUGGCUGCUGACUUCCCUUCAUCAGAGGUAUGUAAAGUAGGCCCCAUACACAGAAGUUACAUAAGAAUCCUUCAAUCUUUUGGGCUCACCUAGCUACAUGAGAGCUAUCUUGUAAUUGUAAAUGGUGAAGUAGUCUUGUCUUCUACAUGGCAUUCAAAGGGAUCAUACUCCUCCCCAUACUAAUGCUGUAUUAUAAAAAACAUGUUCACCACCUGCCUCCUACCUAUUCCCAAGAGUAUGAAUUUUGUCUUCAUUACUCCCUUGUCACCACGGCAUGGCGCAUCCUCAGGUUGCGGAUGGAGAAGACGCCCUCCAGUUUUGGAGGGAAGCUGC